AUGUGCUACUGCUGUCACGCUGGCCACAGCAGCCACGGCGGCAACGGUAUUGGCAUUUGGGGACAGUCACAAAAUGAUGGGACAAAAGACACAGGAAGUCUUGUUGAGCUGCAACAGGUAUUGUCUUCCCUCAGUGAAACAGGGAAAACCAUCAGUGGCAUGGUACUCUGGAGGCAGCAGUUCUUUGCAAUGGCAAGAGUUCGCUUCCUAAAGUUAAGGCGUGAAAGAAAAGGUCUGUUGACUAUGUUAUUACUUUUCAGCAUUAGCUUUAUCCCUCACCUCUUGGAACAUCUGUUCUAUGAGUUCUAUUCAAAAAGUUGGGACUUGGCUCCAAACAAGUACUUCCUCUCACCAGGACAGCAGCCACAAGAUCCUCUGACCCGUUUGCUGGUCAUCAAUAAAACGGGGUCAAGUAUUGAUGACUUUAUAUAUUCACUGAGGCGACAGAACAUAUCCUUGGAAGUGGAUGCCUUUGGAACUAGAAAUGGCGCAGACGAGGGAUCCUACAAUGGUGCUAUCGCUGUGUCGGGGAAUGAAAAGGAUCUCAGAUUUUCAAUAGCAUGCAAUACGAAAAGGGUGAAUUGCUUUCCUGUCCUCAUAGAGGUCAUUAGCAAUGGGCUACUUGGAAUUUUUAACUCUUCAGAAUACAUUCACAUUGACCAUAGAACAUUUUAUGAAGAGGACUUGGAUUAUGAGUUUGGGCUCCUGAGUGCCGCCUCCUUCUGGAUACCGAUGGCAGCCUAUUCCGUUCCUUACAUUGCAAUGAGCAGCAUCAGUGACUACCAAACAAAAGCUCACUCUCAGCUGCGAAUUUCAGGCCUCUACCCUUCCGCAUACUGGUUUGGACAGGCACUGGUAGACAUUCCCCUGUACUUCAUGAUCCUCCUUCUGACGCAAGUCACGGAACACAUGUUUAAUAUAUACACACUUCAAAAUAUGUUAACUAAAAUCCUCUGUGAUACUGGAUAUGUCUUGUCUCUUGUUUUCUUGACAUAUGUUAUUUCAUUCAUUUCUCACAAUGGGAAAGAAAGCAGUAGCAUUUGUUCAUUUUUCUUCUUAAUUACCAUCAUCUUGUCCAUAGUGGUUACUGAUCAAAAUGGCCACCGACUUCUGGGACUACUUUUCUGCACCAUAUUAAUACCACCCUUCACAUUGAUUGGCUCUCUUUCAAUUAUAAAUCAGGCUUUUUCUGACUACAUGGAUUACUCAGGGACUUCAGAAUUUGACAUUUUACAUCUGGCACUGCUAAUACCUUACCUUCACUUUCUUAUUUUCCUUUUCAUUCUGCGCUGUCUGGAAAUGAACUUCAGGAAGAAAUCAACGAGAAAGGAUCCUGUGUUCAGAAUUCCUCCAAGAAGCAAUGAUGUUUAUCCAAACCUAGAAGAACCUGAAGGAGAGGAUGAAGAUGUUCAGAUGGAAAGAAUGAGAACAGCAGAUGCUAUGACUGUCCCAGACACUGAAGAGCAGCCAAUCAUCAUUGCCAGCUGUCUACGGAAGGAAUAUUCAGGCAAAAAGAAAAAUUGCUUUACCAAAAGGAAGAAAAAAGUUGCCACAAGGAAUGUCUCUUUCUGCAUUAAAAAAGGUGAAGUUGUAGGACUGUUAGGACACAGUGGAGCUGGUAAAAGCACAGUGAUGAAGAUGAUCGCUGGAGACACAAAACCAACCGCAGGGCAGGUGAUUUUGAAAGGGAGCAGUGGAGAGGACACCCUCGGGUCCCUGGGGUACUGUCCUCAGGAGAAUGCAUUGUGGCCCAACCUGACGGUGAGGGAACACCUGGAGAUAUAUGCCGCCGUGAAAGGGCUGAGGAAAGGACCAGCGACGAUCGCCAUUACAUGGCUAGCGGACGCGCUCCAGCUGCAAGACCAACUGAAGGCUCCCGUGAAGACCUUGCCAGAGGGCGGGAAGAGAAAGCUGUGCUUCCUGCUGAGCGUCCUGGGGAACCCGUCGGUGGUGCUUCUGGACGAGCCCUCGACCGGGAUGGACCCUGAGGGACAGCGGCAGAUGUGGCAGGUGAUCCGGGCCACCUUUAGAAACAUGGAGAUGAGUGCCCUCCUGACCACCCGUUAUCUGGCAGAGGCCGAGGCUGUGUGUGACCGAGUGGCCGUCAUGGUGUCGGGAAGGCUGAGAUGUAUCGGUUCCAUCCAACACCUGAAAAGCAAAUUUGGCAAAGACUACCUGCUGGAGAUGAAGGUGAAGACCCUCGCACAUGUGGAGCCCCUCCACGCAGAGGUCCUGAGGCUUUUUCCCCAGGCUGUUCGUCAGGAAAGGCUCUCCUCCCUGAUGGUCUAUAUGUUGCCUGUUGAGGACGUGCAACCUUUAUCACAGGCUUUCUUCAAAUUAGAGAGAGUUAAACAGAGCUUCGAUCUGGAGGAGUACAGUCUCUCACAGUCCACCCUGGAGCAGGUUUUCCUGGAGCUCUCCAAGGAACAGGAGCUGGGUGAUUUUGAUGAGGACCCCGGUGCCUCGGUGAAGUGGGAACUCUUCUCCCAGGAAGAGCUUUAAGGCCCCAAAUACCCCGCUUCUCUUUAAGCUCGUGAAUCUUUUUAAGAUAGUAUUUUAUAGCACCGAUAUACCUUAUCUCAGACUUUGGAAAUACAUGUUAUAUUUUUCCUCAAUACUGUGUCUUAUAGUAGAACUGGGGUGACGUCAGGAGGGCAGUGGUAGGACAUGAGGUAGGGCCAGAUCACACAGCCACCAUACUAGCAACUAAAGCCCAUGUUUCCCCCUGUGUUAAACUUAAAAAUACAGUUAUUAUAAAAUUGUCUACAUGUCAGAGAAUUAUGCAGAAAUUGCUUAAUUUUCUUUUUCUGAGCUUCAGAAUAUUGGUUAUUUUCUUAUAUUUUGGAUUAAAGUAUAAAUUAAGACAUCCUAUUGAUGUCAGCAAAAGAAGAGUCUAUUGAUUUUCCUUUUCGGUCAUU